AGGAGGAGAGAUGUUUGCAGGUUGAUAUCUCAGACAAGGCAAAGCUGUGCACCAUCGAUAUUGGCAUCUCAGUUACAAGGGACUUCACACAUUAUGCAGUAAAGAGAUGGUUGAUGGAUGUGGGUUUACCUGGAAUUGAAGAUGUGAAAACUAUAUGUGAGGCGUGUGUCAAAGGGAAACACCACCGUGUUCCAUUUCCGAAACAGAGCAAGUGGAGAGCCACUGAAAGAUUGCAACUUAUUCACUCUGAUCUCUGGUUCUAUCAAUCCACCAUCAAACAGUCGGUGGCGCUGCUCUGCUAAACCCCCUGCCCUUCUUCAAGCAAUGACGGAUGAGAUAAGUUCUGACUAUAGCGAUGCCACUAAUCGGCAUCCUUUGAUCGUCUUGAAUCAAAACCAGGAGUGUGAAUUGAUGAACAGUUGGAGUUCCGCUUCUACCGAAGAGAAUCCAGAAAUUUUAGAAUCUUUUGUCGAGAAGAUGGUCAUGUGCGAUUCGGCUUGUGCAGCUUCUGAAAACGAAGUAAAUGUGAGAAAUCAGGUGUGCAAGAUUCGGAAUCUUGAUGUGGAACUCAGAAAAGAAUCUCUCAAGGUUGAUGCUGCACACAUUUUUAAAACGUUCGGCGACGUGGAAGAUGUUAAUCAAGAAGUUGCGAUUGAUAGAGUAGAGGAGAAAGAUUUUGCAAGAAGUGUAGUGAGUUUUGAUGGAAAUCAAGAUUGUAUGAAGGAAGAACUCGUUCAAGAAGUUCGAUCAAUCAAGCAGUUGCUGGAUAAAGAAAUCGAUUCUUGGAGCAUCUUGGAAAAGAAAAAGAAAUUACUAUCGGAAGAAGAUGAAAUUCUGUAGAGAAAGAAAAGAAUC